AAGUGCCACAUGACCUGCAAGCAGGAAGUAUAGCCACAGAAACCCGUAUACAGCAGAAACAGAAAUCAACGUCUCACUUUUUAAACAUUAUAUUCAGGUUUUCUGUCCAGUCACUGUAAGAUAACGCAAAAAUGCACAGAAGAUUACUGUCCAUCGCAUUAUCUCUUGUCCUGUUGGGAAUUACAGGAGCUUCAGGUAUUUGCUCAAAUCAAACUACCUGUGAUGAAUGUGUACAACAGAAGAUUGAAAAUACAUCGCUGUGCCAUUGGGAGAUAUGCUCUUCUCCUAACACCACUGCCUCCAAUGGGUCUUGUCAGAAUGUCACAGAUACCCCUGGAACAGGCUGUAAGGUCCUGAAUGAAUCGUGUGCAGUCACUCCCAAUGCCACUGUUACUCCAACUUCCAUUCCGACGACGACUUCGACGACGGUCAGGACCACCCCGACACCAGUGACUUCAGUUCCUAUAAAUUCAUCGACCACGGAAAGUCCCACUACAUCAUGUCAUGUCACCGCUACCACAGCUCCAGCAAACUCCACCAAGACGACGGCCUUGCCCACCCCAGCGCCCCGCAAGAGGGCCACCUUCGACGCGGCCAGCUUCAUCGGCGGCAUCGUGCUGGUGCUGGGGCUGCAGGCGGUCAUCUUCUUCCUCUACAAGUUCUGCAAGUCCAAGGACCGCAACUACCACACCCUCUAAGAGCUCAUGGCGGCAGCAGGGCUCUCGUCCCCAGGGCUGACCAGGCGAUUUCAAACAGCGUUUCCAGGCGGUUCGGGGUUGUUUUUGUCCUCUUUAACUUGGCGUGCGCGGUGUGCGGAUCCUGUGUGACCACAGGACCACAUCCUGUGUGACGCGGUAGGUCAGGACGUGGAUGCCCUUACCGCCCCGACAGCUGGAGCCCGCUGCCUUCAGGGUCGAGCAUUUCCACACCUGUACCACCGAGGGUAAUGCAGAAGCAGCACUUAUCCAUUGCCUUCUCUUAUGUUGCUCACGGAAAUGUUGUUUGAAACCGUCCGAUUUGUCGAUUUCGUUUUGUUCAGCUCCCCCUUUUGAAACUUCUCUGAAUACAGAAGAUGCAGCAUUGCUUUUCAGAUCUUGCAGCUCCUAAAUAAAUACAUUAAUAUGCAGUUUGCAGGGAGGAGGUUCCACCUGCAGACUGAAAAAUUAUACCUGCCAGGUGAGAAGCAAUACUUUAUCUUCACUGCCACUAUAAGGGAGAGAGAGCCUGUACCCAUUAAAAUCAAGUCAUAAAAAACUACAAUCUACAACUACUAUCUCUUUAUGCCAACACAAGAAGGCUAGUUGAAGGAUGGAGAGAUAUUUGCUGGCUUAGAAGAAGCUAACAUUCCAAAUGAAAUAAUUGAAGCUGAUUCGUGCAGGGCAGAUUAGCUCUGGACAUUUGCACACAUCCCAUUUACCCGACAGAGAGAGGUGAAUUUUGCAAGUUGAGCAGAGCAGUCUUGUGGGGAGAAACGUUGAUGGUUUGUCCCUGCGGUGUUUUCCUCUAUGUGUAGACCAGCCCUGCCGGCCCGAUUCCUCUGCUCCACAGCUCCGCGGUGAAGUUCCGAAGGCUUCCCAGAAUGAAAGAGCUGAAGCCUCAAAUAGCUUAACAGCUGCUUGUUGUUAAUUAACUUCUGUGAUGAGUGUAUUUAUGGGCUUUCUGCGAAAACACACCAAGCGCCUGAAUUUCAGCCCACUUGAUCAGUAUGUCGGAUGGGAUUAAGAAGACAUCUAAGCGCAGACAAUAAAUAGAGAAAAGUGCCUUACGAAAGUGUUAGUCAGGCUAGUGAGAAAUAAAGGUCUCUGACUGCCGCAAAAGCUGGGAAUAGAUUAUUAUUACCAUUAUUACACAGUGAAGCUGCCAGCUGGACUGAUUUUUUUUUAUAUAUACGUUACAAUUGGAUUUUUUUAUUAGUGCCCUUGGAUUUGGAAAACCAGAGGGAUUUUCCCCUUGAACUGCCCACUUACAGUUUGGCUUUUUGAAUGAACCAGGAACAGGACUGAGUUCACUUUAUUUUCUUCGGUUUGAGAAAUUAACUGGACAUGAAAGUGCAGUUUGUGCAGUCGUUCUGUCAGGUUCAAACAUAUCCCAGCAUGGAGAGCGUUCAACAUUUUCUACUGUCUAACAUUUUGGCAAAUACAGAACAUGUUUUCCUUUUCUCCAAAUAUCGAAGGUGUUUAUUUUGAAUUUGAGUUCUAAAAUGAAUGUAGGGGAUCCCUUCCUCAAACUUUGGCUUCUAAUCUUUUAAAAUAAAAAGCCUGUUGCAGAAAAUCGCUUUUAGUUUGUAGAGCUGCUCACGGAAAUGAAUGUUAACUACACAAUACAAUCCUGAUAAAUGUAGAAUGGUUAGAGGCAGAUGUUUGAUAGUUAAAUGUCUUUCUGUUGACUAGCUAGCUGCUAUUGUGGUUUAUUUGUUUUCCUAGUCUUUCAGACAAUCUUUGAGUUUUAAUUGUUCAUGUUAAAUUGUUAAUUUGAUGAAGGAUCUUUUGAAUGGGAUGUUAAUAGUUUGCUUCUAUGCACUCCUUAUAGUAUUGAGAAAAUUUGCUCAGGUUUUUUGCAAAAGAGCAUUUUUGAAAUUGAACAAUGUGAGCUUUUGGGUGUGGGUGUUUCUUGGGCUCCUACAUACACAGCUAGUGAACCACUUUGUUAAAAAUGUAAGUGGCCAAGCAUGAGUUGUGAUGCAUUGCACUGACUGAGCUUUGCAUUUUUUUAAUUAAUUUUGAUGCCAAAAUUUGUAACCUGAAGCCAAAAAAAGAUGGACAAAUAAUGCCAUGCUGAUUUAGUUGCCACCUCAUGAAAAUUGAUGUUGAAAAAUAUUAAAGAUCCUUAUGAAAAUAAAGAAUGCAUGGUCUCUUUAUGCCAAUACUUAUAAAUAUGUAUUGUUAAAUAUGAUUAAAUGCCCUUUGCUUACUAAAAACUUUCAAAACGUAUAUUUUGUUAUUUGAGAGCUCCAUUAGGCUACAUCCAAAGAUCUUGAAUUUUAAGGCAAGUAAUAUGCCACAGCACAUAGUGUGAUAAAUGAAAGUGUUCUCUUAGGUGUCCUUAUCUCCAUCAGUAGUACUCAGUGGGUCUGUUGUCACUCUGAAAAUAGUUUUUAUUGUGGUCGGCUUUCAGAGAUGUAUCUACAGUAUAUCACAAUACCAAGUGCAUUUUUAUUACCUGUUACCAUUGCUAUUGUUAGUGGUUUCCAUUAACCACUGCUUCACAAGCUACAGAAAGCGAUUUAAAAUUGAUCAGAUCUAGACAUGCUACUGUCAUGUUACUUGAUAUGUUAUUGUCACAUAUUGGAGAGUCAUUUCUAAAUGGUAAUGACAAAUUUUAAGAACCACAUCAUUUACUGUAAGGAUGCUGACUGAGAUAAGCUCUGUGGUUUGGAGGGUUACACAGAUUUCUUCAGCAGCUCUGAGAAAAUGAAGAGACCAUUUCUGCAGAACUCAAGUGCUAUGUGGUGCCAAGAUGAUUUGCCCACAUAAACUUAGGACAGAAUGUCUCAUUGCGUGAAACAAAGCCCUUAUUAUAGCCAAGUGCCUUAAUUGGUUGUGCAGCCUUUAAUUUAACCUGGCAAAAAUAAAGGCAGAAAAACAUAAAAGGGAUUUCAUCAUUGACAAUAUUUCUCAAGUUGUAUAUUUGCACGGGAUCUGUUUUUUCGGUGUUCCCAAGAGCUCGCUAGGGAUGAAAGCUGGGCGAGACAUUCACAGAAGUCCCAGAGUUUUGAAACACGCUUUCUAGCAUUGUUCCACCUCACUGUUGUGUGUGUGUGUAAUUUUCCCGCCUUUACUGUUGCUUAUUCAUAAAAGGGAAGGGAGUUAGUGGGUUUAUUGUAUCCUAAACCCCAGCCUUGUGCCGAUUUAAACACUUUUUGUUGCAUAUGUAGUCACAAAGCCUGCUUUAAUAAAGUCUGAUGCUUUUUUAAGUGUACCUUUUCAUGUCUUGUUUUUCCAUUUCUCUCGCAUUAGAAAUGUCGAAAACGGGAAUAAAAUUUUAAGAUUGUC